AUGGCCCUCCUCUAUGACCCCUGCUAUAACUACACUGUGCUGGAUGAUUUACGGAGAGCCACCAGCAAUCAGUUACAGUCUUCAUAUUACGCUCGAUACACCUCUAAAUUAUUGUGUGACCAAUAUGUCAACUGGGUGGGCUGGUACCGUCUCUUCAUUCGUGGACAGAGCGUUCAGAUGCCGGACACAUGUGUUGAUCAGCUAAGCUGUGGCACUCAUGCUCCUCUGUGGCUGACCAGUCCACACCCACGAAUUGAGGAUGGCGUGGUGAUCCGAAACGUCUGCGGUAAUUGGUGGAACGACUGCUGUGGUUUCCGUUCAAAUCCCAUUAAAGUCAAAGCCUGCCCAGGCAAUUACUACGUCUAUGAGUUCGUUCAGCCAAAUUUCUGCUUUGGGACCUACUGUGCAGAUGUUAGGAACAUUAGCAUCUAUAAUUUUACUUCGGAUCCAGCCUGGGCAGCACCAGCAAUAUUUUACCCGUUCGGCUCAGCGGCAGGAGACACAAAUAGUUCUGCUUUAGAAGAUGGAAGCUCUCCUGUUAUUCAGCUGUCGAGUUCAUUUCUGUUCUUUGGCCACUCGUACCAGCAGAUUUACGUGAAUAAUAAUGGAUACCUCACAUUUAACCAGGCUUUGUCAGAAUAUACUCCCUACUCGUUUCCCGCUAACAGAAGUCAGGAUAUAAUUGCUGGUCUCUGGACUGAUCUUGACAACCGUGUGAAAGGAGUUGUUUCAUAUCAGCAGUACAUUAACGGAGGUCUUCUCAAUCGAGCCAAUCAGGAUAUAAAGACAUAUUUCCCAGAUCUGAACUUCAUCGCUUCUUGGGUCUUCGUUGCGACGUGGGAUAAAGUCGCUUACUAUGCUUUGACCAAUACAGAAACAUCGUUUCAAAUCGUUUUAAUUUCAGGCGGUAAUUAUUCCUUUAUUCUGAUGAAUUAUGGAGACAUUGCUGUAACAGAACAUCCAGUGCAGGCUGGUUAUGACACAAUAAGCUCCACAAACUACUUUGUGAUUCCUGGAUCAAACCUCGGCAGCUUCAUCUCAAACCUCAGGAACUCCAGUAAUGUUGGUGUUCCCGGUCGAUGGGUCUUCAGGGUGGACAGCGAACCAAACAAAAAUAACAUCGUUGGACUUAAAGCGAAACUUACCUCAUUUUCUGACCUAACAGAUAAUGGAAACAUUCAGAUGGUUUUAGAUCAAUUGAAACAGGUGCUGGUUAGGAACGGUCUGUCAAACAGCAUCGAGCUGAAGCUAAGAAAAGUGCAAAAGAUAAAGCCAUGAUAUCAGUCUUCAAAUAAAAUAUUUUUUUUGACAGCAUUUUUCUUAAAAAACGUAAUGUAAUCUUUGUAUGACUGUGUCCACUAAAGAAAACAUUCUGUA